AUGUCCAACAGCAGCUCCAUCACCCAGUUCCUCCUCCUGGCAUUUGCAGACACACGGGAGCUGCAGCUCUUGCACUUCUGGCUCUUCCUGGGCAUCUACCUGGCUGCCCUCCUGGGCAACGGCCUCAUCAUCACUGCCAUCGCCUGUGACCACCGCCUCCACACCCCCAUGUACUUUUUCCUCCUCAACCUUGCCAUUCUUGACCUAGGCUCCAUCUCCACCACUCUCCCCAAAGCCAUGGCAAAUUCCCUCUGGGACACCACGGCCAUCUCCUACUCAGGAUGUGCUGCCCAGGUCUUUUUCUUUUUCUUUUUUAUAUCAACAGAGUAUUGUCUUCUCACCAUCAUGGCCUACGACCGCUACGUUGCCAUCUGCAAACCCCUGCACUACGGGACCCUCCUGGGCAGCAGAGCUUGUGUCCACAUGGCAGCAGCUGCCUGGGGCAGUGUUUUUUUCUAUGCUCUCCUGCACACAGUCAAUACAUUUUCCCUGCCCCUCUGCCAGGGCAAUGUCUUGGACCAGUUCUUCUGUGAAGUCCCCCAGAUCCUCAAGCUCUCCUGCUCAAACUUGUACCUCAGGGAAGCUGGGCUUCUUGUGAUCAGUGUCUGUUUAGGCUUUGGUCUUUUUGUGUUCAUUGUGGUGUCCUAUGUGCAGAUCUUCAGGGCCGUGAUGAGGAUCCCCUCUGAGCAGGGACGGCACAAAGCCUUUUCCACGUGCCUCCCUCACCUGGCCGUGGUCUCUCUGUUUCUCAGCACUGUCAUGUUUGCCUAUCUGAAGCCUCCAUCCAUUUCCUCCCCAUCCCUGAACCUGGUGGUGGCAGUGCUCUACUCAGUAGUGCCUCCAGCAGUGAACCCUGUCAUCUACAGCAUGAGGAACCAAGAACUGAAGGAGGCCAUUCGGAGGCUUAUUUCAUGGACGUUUUUCAAGAGUGACAAAUUUGCCGCUUCUCCCCACCAAUGA